CUGAAUAUCGCUACACCAAAUACCACGACAUCGGUCUCUUGAGACUAUCAAAAUAUGUGGAAUUGAAUAUUUACUCUAGACCGGCGUGUCUUCAGACGCAAAAGGAUUUCCCUUACGAAAAUGUCACUGCAUCGGGGUGGGAGAAGAUUCGAGAUUCAGGAGAAGGGAGCAAGGACUUGUUGAAAGUAGUGCUAGAAUUCUUCAGCUUGGAUAAGUGUAACCACACUUACAGGAACAAUAUUAUCACCCGUGAUUCUACUCUCAAAGACGGGAUUAUUGACGAUUUGAUGAUUUGCGCUGGUUCCUCUAUAGAGUCGAGGGACACAUGCAAGGGUGACUCUGGUGGGCCCCUUCAAGUGUACCAUGACAAGUCGCAAGGUAUCAGAUGUAUGUACGACAUUGUCGGGGUUACGUCUUUCGGAAAAUCUUGUGGUUUGGCGAAAAAUCUCCCAGGGGUAUACACCAGGGUAUCAGCUUAUAUAAAAUGGAUAGAAGAUACAGUCUGGCCCAACUAAAUAUGCGAUUUUAAUUUAUUUUGACGUUGAA